CUGGUGGUGGAUUUGUCUGGAGGACAUUUGGAUGCAAAACAGUAGAAUAAAAUAAAAGCCAAAGGACCGAGAGGGACCGACACUGAACAGGAGCAGCGAUGCGAUUGGUCACCAUAGAGAGGGCGCGGUUCCGCCGGGCGGCCGAGGAGGAGGGGAAGGAGAGGGAGCCCCCGCCUCCCCAGCCCCCCUCGCACCACUCCAACCACCAGUUCGCCAGCAUGAAGAACAAGUUCUUCAAUGAGCUCACGCACCUGCCAAACCAUAAACUCAAGCUGCCCAUGUGGGCCAUAGGAGCCAUUGUGGUCGUGGUCCUUGCCCUUGUUGCCUGUCUGGGAUUCUGCAUCUACAAGAAGUGCUUUAACAAGGGGAAGAAGCCCAAGAAGGUCCGCGAGAGGAAGGCAGGACGAGGGCGCAGGAAGAAGGACAAGGACGGAGAGGAGGGAGAGGAGAAGAAGGAGGGAGAGGAAGGGAAGGAAGAGGAGGAGAAGGAGUUCUUUGGCAAGCUGGAGUACACACUGGACUAUAACUUUACUGAUAACCAGCUGAUCGUCGGCAUCCUCCAGGCUCAGGACCUCCCAGCCAUGGACAUGGGUGGGACCUCAGACCCCUAUGUCAAAGUCUACAUGCUGCCAGACAAGAAGAAGAAGUUUGAGACCAAAGUCCAGCGCAAGAACCUCUGUCCCGUUUUCAAUGAGACCUUCACCUUUAAGAUACCAUACAGUGAGCUGGGUGGUCAGACUCUGGUGCUGCAGGUGUUUGACUUUGACCGUUUCGGUAAACAUGACGUCAUCGGCGAGAUCAAGAUCCCCAUGAACUCCAUAGACCUCGGACAGCCAAUACACGAGUGGAAGGAUCUGGUUGGAGGAGAGAAAGAGGAGCAAGAGAAGCUGGGUGAUAUCUGUAUCUCCCUUCGGUACGUCCCCACGGCCGGUAAGCUAACGGUUAACAUCAUGGAAGCAAAGAAUCUGAAGAAGAUGGAUGUCGGAGGACUGUCAGAUCCAUUUGUUAAGGUGGUGCUGCAGCACAACGGGAAGCGACUGAAGAAGAAGAAGACGUCGGUCAAACAGAACACUCUGAAUCCUUACUUCAACGAGAGCUUCAGCUUCGAGAUCCCCUUCUCCCAGAUCCAGAAAGUCCAGGUGCUGAUCACCGUGUACGACUACGACAAGCUGGGCAGCAACGACCCCAUCGGCAAGUGCUGGAUCGGCUACGGCGCCUCCGGCGUCGGCCUGCGCCACUGGUCGGACAUGCUGGCCAAUCCCAGGCGUCCAGUGGCUCAGUGGCACACGCUGCUGCCAGAGGAGGAGGUGGACGCUGCUCUGAAGGCCCCCAUCCGCUAAACACGCUCCCACACAUAUCCAUACACCGCCAUCUGCGUAGGAGAGGUUUGAUACGAUGACCUCCGACUUGAACAGCGACCUUUAAUCCAGUCAUUUUUUUCAGUCUCUUUAUACGACUACAUGUGUGCUUUAUAUUGUUUUGAAUACAAACAUGUACAUGUACCCUCAAAUUCAGACAAACCGACAGGACACACUGUGCAGCUCACUUAUGCCCUUCUGCUGUUCUGUUCUUCUCUCAGACGUUCAGAAGCUUCUCCACAGCCACAGAAGACAUAAUACAGCUGUUCUCACGGUGCUUCUGCUUAUGAUGAGUAAAGUGAAGUGCCCCUUUAAUACUCCUGGCUACCUUUCAUUUUGCUGACGUGCACCUUUCAUGUAGUCACUGUCCUGGUUGUCUCAAGGGAAAAUAUAUUUUUUCAGCAGAGGCAACUGCAGUGCUGUCAAACACAUUUUGACACUAUGCUAUGAAAAAAUAAAAGCACAUGAAUUCAUUGUCUUUGAGUUAUUUUAAAGCGCUGUUGCAGAGCUGCAGCUUUUUUCUUUUUUCUCAUCUUCUCCUCUUAUAUUUCCUGAUCACUCUCUUAUCUUCCACACAGUCUUUAAGUUGAUCUGUCCUGUGAAAUGUGUUGUAUUUAGUUACAUGUUUUUACUGAUUAUUGGUCUCUUUGUGGCUCCUUCUGUGCUUGUGUUUGAAUGAGAUCCUGACUGGAGUGUGUGAUGAGUGUGCAUACCUGUGUGUGUGUGUGUGUGUGUGUGUGCUGUU